UUUAAAGUGUAUUCAAUAUUUGAUUGUAUCAAUUUUCAACAUUAAAUAUUGACAAUUGCAAUUGAAAUAAGGAAGCUUAAAAUUUUUAAAAAGAUUAGCAAGCAAGGCACUGGUUUUUGGAUUAAGAAAAAAUAAAAGUGGGGUUAUGUUUGAAAGCUGUUACCUAUAAUAUUAUUUAAAACCCGAAAAGUUAUAUUUCUUGCAAAUGCUAUUUAACAAUCUAGGAAGAUGCUUUCGAUAAUGAAUGUGAAUCCACUGCAUGCGCGCUGUGAAAUGAUAAGUAAAUAUGUGAGCGAGUGCACAAAUAAGGAGCUGGAGAGUCUGUUGCCAGUGCUUGUCGAAGAGAUAUUCGGCAUCAGCAAUCAGGUUGGAUGGAACUUGAGACUGAUCAAGUUCGACUCGAAUGCACACGAUUACGACGUUCUUUUCAAGUUCCUGCAUCCCAGUGGACCAGUGUUCAAGCUCUGCUAUAAACUACUGUCCGACUGUCACCUCAAGUAUGAGUUUCAACUGUCAUUCCUUCCAGCAAAGGUUCAGCAGAUGAUAAAUGAUGGUAUGGUGCUACCAUUCUACACAGACAAGCUGCAGUAUGAUCACAAAACAAGAACACCCAUUAGUCUGGCAUUGAAUCCGUUCGAAUUCUACAUGUUUCACUUCGUCUACCAUCUGAUGAACCCGAACAUUCAGACAAGCGCCGACUCGAGCCAAUACAUGCACUGGGAGUCGCUCUACCUGAGGCUUGCCGAGGAAUACUUGAACACGUUUCUGCCUUGCAACGGCUCCACGGUCUAUCCGAUUACCAAUCUGUACAGCGGCACUUCGCCCACUCCCAGACCGCAUAUACCGGUUGCAACCAGACCGGCCAGAUCGCCGAUGCUUCUGAGACAGUCGGUGCUGCUGAAGCAGAGUCCAACCAGUCCGACUCACACUAGCAGUCCGACUUCUCCGAUGUUGGAGAUUUGGCGCAGUGAGCUGCUGGCUCGGCUGUGUGUCGACUUCUGGCUCGGAUCUUUCAACAAUCACUCUCAGUCCUACUUGGUCAGAGGUGAUUACAACAACUAUAGUUAUUGGUCAAUGUAUCCUCAAAUGAACUAUGUCAACUACCAAGCCUUUACGAAUUCUAUGUUUUCACAACAAAGCUUACCCACUGGAGAACAUUUGUGGGUCGUGAGAUUCAUGGUUAAGCACCUCCACUAUUUCUCAAAUAGUUUAAUCGAGGAUUCAAGUGCUAUGGAUGAGCUGAAGAGGGUGAUAAUUCCGUCCAGUCAAGGAAAGCUGUACGAAUUCUUGAAGCAUACAAUGCAGCAUUGGCCUCUGGACACCUCGUUCCGAUUGAUAUUGGAGACGUGGCUCAGCUACAUUCAGCCAUGGAGAUACAUCGAUCCACUCAGAAAGCCGAUAACGAGCGAUGAUAGCCCCAUGGUUGUGGAACCUCGCUGGUUUCCAUUCAUUGCUGAGAAUUUACUCGCUUACUCGUUGAUAUUCCAAUUGCUUCUAACGAGGUUCUCGCGAGUCGACCUCGCUACACCCAAGAAUGCAUUCAUGCUUUUCCGAGUCACCAAGGUGUUUGCGCAGAUAAAUGUGAUUGAUUUGUUGCGCGAAGCCGAGGGGUCACUGGAGGAGGGCGGCCAGCUGAGAAGCAGCAGCAAAUGGUCGGCAGUUGUGAGGCAGCACAUUCUCGACUUGGAAGGACCCGGAUUCCAGUAUCAGUCGCUUUUUUCUGCCGAAACUCGGGCUGAGCUUGUGAAGUUCCAAGGCCAAAUCCAGACUGCGAUGAUCACAGCGCGGAGGAGACUGGCAGCUGAGACUGAGAAUCAUCAGAAGGGAGGCUUUCUGUCCUGGUUCACAAUGGCCACUUCUGACUUUGAGUACUCCAUCGACGAGAGGAGAAAAGUCAACUUUCAUCUUCAGGCCGCUCUCAACAGCAUCACUUCCAUAUUCAGGCUAGAAGCUAGUGAGGCACCAACUAGCUGUGUGAACGAUUCAUUUUUUGACACUACUCCAACAAAUAACUGUUCGGAUCAAUCAGUGCUGUACUGGAAGAAGAAGCAGAAGGAAAUAAAGUAUGAAGGAGAUCCUGAUCUACAGCCUAUCAGAAGUUUUGAAAACGCCAUUUUGGUUCGGCUCCUGUACCAAAUAGCAUUAUGGAUCAAUCUGACUUACCGCGGCGAGAUAGGUCGUCUUUACUACAGACAAGACUGCCUGGGAGGCGUGGCGAGGCAGAUGCUGGAGGGACCUCGUGUGAUCCGCACCUACGACAAGAGUGGCCCUUUGGGGUACUCGCCUCGAAUCAGCUACUCGCUUCCGCCUCGGCUCUCGCUCAGGCUGCUCGCUCACCACCGCACUCUGCUCGUGCUUGUCCUCGUCUACAGUGUUGCCAGACUGUGCAGCUACCCGGCCACCCUGGUUUUUCUCGUCUUACUUUUCGCCUGGCUGGCAGUGCUGCUCUGCAGACACUUUGUCGGUUAUUCGCCUCCGUGUGCUGGAGAGCUGGACGUGUCCUUCAAUGAUAGCUACUAAACUGCUUCAGUAAACCUGUGACUAAGGCCCGGUUUCCGAGCUCGGCAUUUAGCCAAGUUCUAGACUUUAAACAGCUGCAGUCAGAAAAUUGGCUUUCCAAAACGGGGCGUAGUCGCAGUUUUUAUGAGAAUCUUUAUUUUCUCAUUUCUAUAAUAAUUGGAAACGUUUUUCCUUGACGAAAUUAAACAUUACUAAAUAAUUUAAAAUAGCUGAAACUUUUCACUCUUCUCUCUUUAUUUUAUGAUCAAUUUUCUAGUUUUUUUCGAAAUUACAUUUACAAGUGACUAUGACUAUCACUACGACUACGCCCACUAUAUACGUAAACAAAGCCGUAGUGCAUUCGUGUGACGUCAGCACAGGUAGGGCUCCUACACCAAUAAAAAUUCGUUGAUUUCAGCUAGUGUUUAUAUUGGUGUAGGAGCCCUACCUGUGUUGAUGUCACACGAAUGCUCUAUGGCUUUGUUUACGGAGGUAGUGCUACUACGCCCCGUUUCGGAAAGACAAUUUUCUGACUCCAGCUGUUUAAAGUCUAGAACUUAGCUAAAUGCCGAGCUCGGAAACCGGCCCUUAGGGUGUGAUGUGUAUAUGUGCAAGUGCACGCGUGGUCAUGCAUGACCAAGCAACAGAUAACAAACAAAAUCUGCAAAGAGCAAUAGGAACACUCUCACUGAACGCGUGCACUUUCUGGUUGCGUUCAGUGUGAACAGCUACAUGCAAGUCACAAUGUAUUUAAAUGGCUCCUUCCAGAUUUUGUUUUUCGGUUGUGACGUGCACUUGCACAUACACGCAUCCAAUGUGAUCAUACCCUAAUUCAAACAAGUUUCAGCUACUAAAUUUGUUUAGUAAACUUGUGAACUAAUUCAAACAAGUGAGAUUCUAUAUAAGUGAGAUUCUCGUUAUAAAUAUGAUAAUUAUGUUUCUUUAUCAAAUAAAUAAAUAAAGCUAGUUGAAAUGAUAGGACUAUAGAGUUGCCAAUUCUUCAUUUCCAGCGCAGUCUAUUGUAGGUAGCUGUAUCUCGGUACAUCUGAUGUUAUAUUAGCUGUUUAUUCUUGUAAAUAAUCAUUAAUUCUAUCUCAAAUCUAUUUUUUUAGUAAAAAAGUGAUUUUUUCAUGAUUCUAUAGUACAUUUUUAUAAUUGAGAUAGAAUAUUUUGUUAGUUGAUUAUAUUUCUUCAUAGCGAACAAAAGAUUCGGAAACAGUGCAGAGGUUGGUGCUAAUCUGCUUCGUCUAAUGACAGACAAGGAUACCAAUCAAUGUUAAUCAAGUGCCAACUUCAUAACAUGUAUCUCACUAUAGUUCUUAUUAUUUAUGUAACCUCUCAACGUGAAAUUGACUUAUAUUAUGUACUCUUCAUAUCGACAAUAUUUCUGACAAACUUCUUGAACUGGUUACAAAAACCAGGAACCCAACUCUCUUACAAAUGUUUGGCAAUGUGUUUAGAUCCCACUUGAUUCUCAAUGCAAAUCAAUUAGACUUAUUUUUUUACAAACUGUUUUCCAGUGAACAUUGAUUUAAUAGAACAUCAAUAUUGAUGGGAGAUAUGAAUAUUGUGUAAUUUGACUGAAGAGAGACUGAUUUUUGUAUAUAUGUGAAAAGGUGUUCAAUAUUUUUAAUCAAUUCUGAUUUGGAAUAGCUUCCUAGUUAUGUAAGCAUAGGGCUUUUUGACAAACUAGAUAUUUUUUUAUUGGAAUCCUACAGAUAGAUAUACUAAAUAAAUAAUCACCUCAUGUUUAUUUGUGGAAAAGCAGUUUAUGUGACUAUAGCAUUAUUUAGAACCCUAUCAAGGCUGAUAGAAGAUUUUUGGAGAAAUACUGUACACGUAAAUUUUGAUUUACCAAUUAUCUGUAUUAAUUAUCUAAUUUCUAAGUUAGUUAUCAGUUUAUCCGCCAUUAUUUAGUCUACAAUAGUCAUUCAUCUGUUUUCUAUCAGUCAUUUAUUUUCCAAGUUAACUGGUCCUCUCAUAUCUAGUAUACAACAGUCAUUACUUUAGGCUUUGUAAUAAUUUUUCACAUCCAAUAAACAAGUUUUGUUCGCC